AAUUGACGUCAAUUUAGGACUUAGUAGAUCCCAAAAUAAAAACACCCACCGCCUAACAUCACACUCCUUCCAGGUUGUGUCCUAAAAAACCCUAACUUUCGACUAUCAUCGAUCUCUACAAGUAUGGAAGUUAGCGUUCUACAGAAAUCGAUGGAGGUGGCAAUGAGCAAGUGCAGGAAAGAGUGUGAAGAUGAACAAAUGAAGAGAAAGAAAAAUGAGGUUCAAUGGUUUGCAUUUCUUCCAGAUGACGUGGUUGAAGAUAUCCUUAAAAAGCUUCCUUAUGUUUUCCUUCGUUAUAACGCAAAGGAAGAAGGACAUGGACUAGAAGUGAAACAGCAAAACCUUGGCAUACAUUUCUUUGGAAGGAUAAAGUCAUGGGAAAAAUCAUUUCUUCCCAAGCCUCCAACAUUUUUUGCACAUCAAGAUACUAGCGUAUGUGCAAUGGCCCUUUUUUUUGACAGAUUCAAGGGAGUACAUAAGGUUGUUCACUUGUUUAAUGGCCUAUCACUCCAAUGUCAUAUUCUCCAAUUGGAAAAAGAUAUUGUAGUCUCUCGUGUUUCCUCAAGGUGGAAAAAGAUCAAAGUACCUUUUUACUUGGAUCCUACGAAUGUGGGUGAGAUAGUUUCAGUUCAAGUUCAAGGAAGGUACUUUCAUUGGAAUCUUAAUUGUUCUAAGUACCUGGUUUCUGUUGAUAUGAUAAAAGAAGAAGUUCUCCAAAUGAGCCUACCUGAACCUGGUGAGCGUAAGAGGCUCUACUAUUCUAUUUUUGAGAUGGGUGGUUUUCUCAGCCUCAUUGAUGGAGUUUCUAGGGACAAAACUGACUUAUGGAUUCUUAAAGAUUUUCAAAGUAUGAAGUGGGAGAAGUUGCUUUCGAUAACAGUCCAGGAUCAUGGCUUUGACCAAGUGGAAAAACUAAAAGGGAGGAGGUACCGGUGUCGUUCUAAAGUUCUUGAGUCAUGGCUGAUGAAACUAGAGAGUAAUCCGGGUUAUAAUUGUACUUUGGCAUGUUUUCCUCAUAUUUAG